AUGCGCAUGGUUUACCCUGGUAGCUGGAUGCUGAUUAAUUCUGCUGCAAUCAUACCAGCAUCCACCCCAGGCAACCAAACUCGCAAUUUAGUUCAGUCCUCCUCGCACAUACCAUCUGGGUCGUCAGCAGAAACCCAGUCGCACAAGGUCACUGUUCCCAGUCUCGUAUCCACAAGUUUUGUUGGAUGUUCCCGAAGCAUUCCUGCUACCGUGCUGUUACAAACAGCAAUAGUCAAAACGUUUGACUCGUAUGAAAACAUUCAUUGGGCCAGAGCACUGCUGGAUCCUGCAUCUCAGCUGAGUCUCAUAACGGAAAACCUAGCACAAAAGCUCCAACUUCGUCGUCAGUUCUGUCAUCAGGAAAUUGGGGGUGUAGGCAAUUCUGUCGUAGUUUCGAAUCAUGCCGUCAUUGUUCAGUUAGGCUCCCAUUGCUCAGAUUUCGUCUCAGAAGCUCGGUGUCAUAUUCUCAAACGAAUAACUCGAGAGCUACCAAUCAGAUGUCUAACUAGCUCACUAUGGAAGAUUCCAGCUGGUAUCGUGUUAGCUGACCCGCAAUUCCACAAACCAAGCGCAAUCGAUCUUCUAAUUGGAAUGGAAAUGUACUACGAUUUGUUACUGGAAGGAUUCAUGAAAUUGGGUCCAGAAAAACCAAUUCUUCAAAAAACAGUAUUUGGUUGGGUAGCCUCAGGAAAGGUUGGAAUGAUACAAAGUCCGACACCGAUGGUAGCGCAUAUUACUCAUUUUGAAUCUCUCGACGAUCAAAUCAGGCAUUUUUGGGACAUUGAAUCGUGCUGGUUAAACAGUACUAAUUCGCUCGAGGAAACAGCAUGUGAAAAUAAUUUUGCGGCUACUAUUUCUCGCGAUCACUCCGGUCGCUACGUUGUCACUCUUCCAAAACGUGCCUCACUUAUCAACCAAUUGGGAAAUUCUAAGCAGAUAGCAAUGCGUCGGUUCUCCGCACUAGAGCGGCGCCUAGAUGGCAACCCUGAACAAAAGAGCGCUUAUUCGGAGUUUAUCAAUGAGUAUUAUCGAUUAAAGCAUAUGCGGGAAAUUGACGAUGAUGAACCAUCCCCUAAUUUCAAGACAUACUAUCUCCCGCAUCAUGGUGUAGAAAAGGUGGAUAGUACAACUACGAAAUUGAGAGUAGUAUUCGACGCAUCGUGUAAAACGGAUAGCGGUAUCUCACUGAACCAGGCGCUCAUGGUAGGCCCAGUCGUCCAAGACGAUUUGCUGGCUAUCAUUCUACGGUUUCGAAUGCAUCGAUUUGUCUAA